GACAGGUACUACGGCUGGAGCAAGAAGCUGAGCUGCAGCACCACCUGCGCUCUGUCAAACAACCCCACUUACAUCUGGUACAAGAACGGACAGCGUGUUACUAACCAGUACAGAAAAGAACUGUCUCUGUAUGACAGUAGUGAGGAUGCAGGCAGCUACUCCUGUGCCGUAAGAGGACAUGAGGAGCUUCGCUCUCCUGCUGUCUGUGUUUUCAGGUGUUUUUGGAGUGUGACUUAUUUCUCGCAGACUAUGUGUGCUCUGAUUGGCUCAUCAGUGGACAUACACAGUUACUACACCUUCCCUGAUCAGCUUCGCACCCCGCAGCCUGUCUGGUACGUCAUAUUCCUCUCACAGGACAGAGAACUGAGUCAUACAGAUGAGCGAGUGGAGUUUCUUAAUGAUAGACCUAACAGGAGCACACUGAGACUGAAAAAUCUAACAGAAGGGGACUCAAAAAAAUAUCAACUCCGGUUAAAAUCCCCUUACUCUAUACAAACAGACAGCUCUGCUGGUGUCUCUCUGUCUGUCACAGGUCUGCAGGUCAAAGUGGCACCCCUUGCAGUAACAGUGUCAGAUUUACAAAGCAUAACGCUGAGCUGCAUCACCACCUGCACUCUGUCUAACGACCCCACUUACAUCUGGUACAAUAACGGCCAGCGUGUGUCUGACUGUAAAUCUGCCUCCUGCUCUGUAGCUGCAGUCAGUGGUGCGGUCAGUUACAGCUGUGCUGUUGAAGGCCAUGACAGUCUCCUCUCUCCUCCAGUGUGUGAGUGUGGAUUUUACUCUCCUCAAUCAUAGUACAUCUAUAUCUCUAUCAAAUGCUGAUCGUGAACACACACCAGCUGAUUCAUGUUUUUUCUUUCUCAUCAGAUUCCCCUAAAAACACCAGUGCAGUGGUUCUUUCCUCUGGAGACACAGUGGAAGGGAAUUCAGUGACUCUGAGCUGUAGCAGUGAUGCAAACCCUCCUGUUCUCACCUACUCCUGGUUUAAGCAGAGAGCAGAUGCAGACACACUGCUGACAACAGGCCAGAAUUACACCAUCAGCAACAUCAGCUCCCAGCACAGCGGACUGUACUACUGCACUGCUCACAACCAGCUGGGACAGCACAACUCUACACCAACACACCUGGAUGUGUUAAGUGACGAGGAGAGCUCAGCUGAGGUGUGGAAGCUGCAUGCUGUAUGGGGAGCCGCUGCACACGUUCCUGCUCUGCUUCUCUCUCUUCUUAUCGUCAUCCUGUGCGUUAAGAGAAAGAGAGGAGCAGAGAGAGACACAGACAUUCAGAUUGUUCCAACACCAGGAGAGGACACAUACAAAGCACUGAACCCCACGACUAGGUCCCCGGAUUAUGACACUCUGCAAAACGUUCACCUCUCUGACAGUGACACUUACCAAACCCUGAACCCUGCAACCAUGUCUUCUGACUAUGAUACACUGAGGGAUGUGGCUACUCGACUCAGUGAGGAGAAGUACUCCAGAACCGAAGAAUGAUAGCUAACAGUUGCGUGUGGUUAGUGACUUUACAUUCCGCAUCAUGAACAGCAGAGGAACGAUGCAGUGUGAGAGUUUUAGGAUUAGACUUGAGGAGUAGAGUUAAACAACAUUAAGACGUAACAACAAAAUAUUUUUCUUCUUUUGCAAGUGUCAUUAUUCAAGCAGCUCCUUUAGAUUCUCAAUUGUCUUUUUGCACAUUUAAUAUAUUAUAUACACAUAUGUGUGUGAUGGCUUAGGAUGACCCUUUACAUGCUCAGAUUUUUUAACAUUCUCUACGUGAUAUAGCUCUAUGGCUUUUCCCUCAUCAUUGUAUCUUCUCUCGACUGAUCUCUGUUCACGCCAACAUCGGUGGGGAAAUAAUCCCUGAUUAAUUCAGUCACUUCUGUUCUGCUGACUAAAUUCCUUGUUAAUGUCUUUAUUUUUCAGUUAUUUAAACAUUUGGAGACUCUGUUCUGAUCCAAUAUUUGUCAAUUUCAUGUCUUGUAAACUGCAGCGAAAAGCUGGAUAAUGAUAAUUGAUAACGAAGCAAGGAAUACCAAUCUUCAUUAAGUUGGAUUCUACUUUGCCUGAUCUGUUACUGGAAAAAUGUUUUAAAUGUUUCUGUGUACAAGAAUAAAAUUGAGCCUAAAACCUUUUUUUGGACUGAAUGCUAUACAGAAAUUCCAAAUCAUAAUAAACUUUUCUUUACAGAGCAAAUUAAAAAGAGGUACAAAGCUGUCUACUUAAUACACUGUAUGGCCUAAAGUAUGUGGACAGCUGACCAUCGCACCCAUACGUGGUUCUUCCUGAAACUGUUACCACAGAGUUGAAAGCACACAAUUGUAUAGCAUGUCUUUGUAUGCUAUAGCAUUACAAAUUAUCCCUCAACUCACCAAAGCCAGCCACCCAUUAAAGGACCGGACCUCUAUUG